GAGGAAAUGGCCAAAAAGGUCUUGUACGCAGUAGGGCUGUUGAUCAAAACCGUGCUGUUAUGCUGUACAGCUGCACAGCAAUGGGAGGCUACGGGCCAGCCGGAAGUUUCCAAAUUUGGGAUGAUGCUACAACGCCACAUCUUCAAGAGGAUCACGGGGGCUGGUCUUUCAGAUGUGUGCUUGCGGGGAUGCUAUGCUGACGUCAGAUGUCAAAGUUUCAACUAUGUCUUUACGCAAGACAUUUGUGAGCUGAGCAACCGAACCAAGGAGGCCAGACCAGAGGAUUAUGUUCCGAACCCUGAGAGAUUUUACUUUAAGCGAGAUUACAAAAGAGUUCCUCUCGGUUCCAUUCCUGAGCUGCCUGCGGAGACUUGCCAGGAAAUCAAAAUGAGCGAAGGAGGACAAGCGGUCAGCGGCAAAUACUGGUUUCACUCGAUUGUACCCGAGAGGACUGUUCUGGCUCCUUGUGACAUGAAAACCGAAGACGUGGACGAGUGUAAUUCUACAAUUCCCGUGUGUGACGCCAACGCCGAGUGCGCGAACACCAUCGGUUCUCACAGUUGCUCGUGCAAAACUGGUUUUACUGGAAACGGAAAAAAAUGUGUCGAUGUCGACGAAUGUGCCAAUAAAUCGCAUGACUGUGAUGCCAAUGCCUCCUGUAACAAUACCGCUGGUUCCUAUCGAUGCACCUGCAAUUCCUGGUACCAAGGAAACGGAACAAGCUGCUAUUUUCGUGGCCUUAAUAAUUCCGUUAUUCUUACCAGCCUCGACUACAACAACUACACAGGUAAGCUGCUUUCCUACCUAGAGCCAGUCCUCCUGAGUUCAGAGUGGAGCAGGUUUGUGAAGUGUUGGCACGCUAAGACAGACGGCUGGGCGGCAUCGACAUUCCAUAGCAACUGUGAUGGGAGGGGACCCACAGUGACAAUCAUCAAAGUGAACGAUUCCAUAUUUGGUGGAUACACUGAUGUGUCCUGGGGACCAAGCGGUUCCUGUUUUUGGUCUUACGCUACCAAAGCCUUUUUAUUCUCAUUUAACAACGUCAAAGGAUACAAUCCUGUGAAGCUGACACAAUACCGAUACCAGCAAUACGCAAUGUACACAUGUUCCUAUUACGGACCCACUUUUGGCUCGGGACAUGACAUCCGCAUAUAUGACGACGCCGUAAACAAUCAACAUUCUUAUACUGAAUGCGGCCAGACUUACUCCAACCCCACGGGUUAUUCAGGUGUAAAAUGUGGAUUUUUCACAGGAAGCCAUUAUUUUACUCCAUCUGACAUUGAAGUUUUCUUCGAAAUAGGUGGCCUUGGUGCAUCUAUAAUACUUGGAAGCCUGGACCCCAAUAAAUAUUUGGGAAAGCUGAUUUCGUUUUUAGAGCCAGUUCUUCCCGGUACAUCCCGUACUGACUUUGUUAGGUGUUGGCAUGCUAAGACUGACGGCUGGGCGGCAUCGACAUUCCACAGCAACUGCGAUGGGAGGGGACCCACAGUGACAAUCGUCAAAGUGAACGAGUACAUAUUUGGUGGAUAUACUGAUGUGUCCUGGAGCGGAGCUGGUUCUUGCGCUUAUUCCUACGCCAAUAAAGCUUUCAUCUUCUCUCUCUAUAACGUCAAAGGAUACAAUCCCGUAAAGUUAACACAAUACCGAAAUCAGCAAUAUGCAAUGUACAGAUGUAAUACGUAUGGACCCACCUUUGGGAAUGGUCAUGAUAUCUACAUAUCCGACGGCUCCGGAAACAACCAAAACUCCUACACCAGAUGCGGUUACACAUACACGAUACCCUCUGGGUACUCUUAUGGUGACUGUGGUUUUUUUACAGGGGGGUCUAAUUUCUCUCCAACGGACGUCGAAGUAUUCUAUGAAGCAGGUGGCCUUGGUGCAUCUAUUAUACUUAGAGGCCUGAACCCCAAUAAGUACUUGGGAAAGCUGAUUUCGUUUUUAGACCCAGUUCUUCCCACUGCAUCCCGUACUGACUUUGUUAGGUGUUGGCAUGCUAAGACUGACGGCUGGGCGGCAUCGACAUUCCACAGCAACUGCGAUGGGAGAGGACCUACAGUGACAAUCAUCAAAGUGAACGAUUACAUAUUUGGUGGAUACACUGAUGUGUCCUGGAGCGGAGCUGGUUCUUGUGCAAAUUAUUCCUACGCCAGUAAAGCUUUCAUCUUCUCUCUCUAUAACGUCAAAGGAUACAAUCCCGUAAAGUUGACACAAUACCGAAAUCAGCAAUAUGCAAUGUACAGAUCCGAUUCUUGCUAUCAUUAUAUAAACCUGAGUGAAGCCAAUCGAAAGAUAAGUUGCAUAACACAUUACGAUUCAAAGUUGUGUGACCGCCAGCUCCCUGAGGGAUGGUACCGUUUUGUGGGAGCUGCAGGAAGAAAAUUGCCAACAACACGUGCGGUAGCGUAUAGAUGUGGUACAGACUGGUCAGGCUGGUUGGAUGGUGCUCAUCCCACAGAGGAAGAUGAUGAAGUUCGCAGGAUGGUCUGCUUUAGUAUCGUCUAA